ACGAAACCGGUGAGGCCUUUUGGGCGGGGCCUGGGCCGGGCCGCUCCAAAGGCCGCGAUUUCACAUCGGAAACAAAACAGCGGCUGCUCGGGAGGAAACCUCAGCUGCUAGAGGCCGGUGGUGGCGGCGAGGAAAGGACCUAAUCCAGGAGCCUGCAAGUGACAGCAGCCUGUGAGGUCCUUAGAAAGCUUGGCCUGGAGGAUAACACAUGAAAGAAAGAACCCCAAGAGGCUCUGUUUUCUGUGAAAAAGUAUUUCUAUACAGUUGCUCCAAUGACAGAGUUACCUGCACCCUUGUCCUACUUCCAGAAUGCACAGAUGUCCGAGGACAACCACCUGAGCAAUACUGUACGUAGCCAGAAUGACAGUAGAGAGCGGCAUGAGCACGGCAGCGAGAGGCGGAGGCAUGGCAACUCUGAGUCGUUAUCCAAUGGCCGAGCCCCCGGUAACUCACAGCAGGUGGUGGAACAAGAGGAAGAGGAAGAUGAGGAGCUGACGUUGAAAUAUGGCGCCAAACAUGUGAUCAUGCUCUUUGUCCCCGUGACUCUCUGUAUGGUGGUGGUCGUGGCCACCAUCAAAUCAGUCAGCUUUUAUACCCGGAAGGAUGGGCAGCUAAUCUAUACGCCAUUCACAGAAGACACCGAGACUGUGGGGCAGAGAGCCCUGCACUCAAUUCUGAAUGCUGCUAUCAUGAUCAGCGUCAUUGUCAUCAUGACUAUUCUCCUGGUGGUUCUAUAUAAAUACAGGUGCUAUAAGGUCAUCCAUGCCUGGCUUAUUAUUUCAUCCCUAUUGUUGCUGUUCUUUUUCUCAUUCAUUUACUUGGGGGAAGUGUUUAAAACCUAUAAUGUCGCCAUGGACUACAUUACAGUUGCACUCCUGAUCUGGAAUUUUGGUGUGGUGGGAAUGAUUGCCAUUCACUGGAAAGGUCCACUGAGACUCCAGCAGGCAUAUCUCAUUAUGAUCAGUGCCCUCAUGGCCCUGGUAUUUAUCAAGUACCUCCCAGAAUGGACCGCGUGGCUCAUCUUGGCUGUGAUUUCAGUAUAUGAUUUAGUGGCUGUUUUGUGUCCAAAAGGCCCACUUCGUAUGCUGGUUGAAACAGCUCAGGAGAGAAAUGAAACUCUCUUUCCGGCUCUUAUUUACUCUUCAACAAUGGUAUGGUUGGUGAAUAUGGCAGAAGGAGACCCAGAAGCCCAAAGGAAGGUAUCCAAAAACUCCAAUUAUAAUGCACAAAGCACAGAAAGUGAGUCACAAGACCCCGUGACAGAGAGUGAUGAUGGCGGCUUCAGCGAAGAGUGGGAAGCCCAGAGGGACAGUCGCCUGGGGCCUCAUCACUCUACGGCUGAGUCGCGAUCUGCUGUACAGGAUCUUUCCAGCAGCAUCGUGGCCAGUGACGACCCAGAGGAAAGGGGAGUAAAACUUGGAUUAGGAGAUUUCAUUUUCUACAGUGUUCUGGUUGGUAAAGCUUCUGCAACAGCCAGUGGAGACUGGAACACAACCAUAGCCUGUUUUGUAGCCAUAUUAAUUGGUUUGUGCCUUACAUUAUUGCUCCUCGCCAUUUUCAAGAAAGCAUUGCCAGCUCUUCCAAUCUCUAUCACCUUUGGGCUUGUUUUCUACUUUGCCACAGAUUAUCUUGUGCAACCCUUUAUGGACCAAUUAGCAUUCCAUCAGUUUUAUAUCUAGCAUAUUUGCAGUUAGAAUCUCAUGGAUUUUUCUCCUUUGACUAUAAUAAAUCUGGGGAGGACAAAGGUGAUUUUUCCUGUGUCCACAUCUAACAAAGUCAAGAUUCCCAGCUGGACUUUUUGCAGCUUCCUUCCAAGUCUUCCUGACCACCUGCACUAUUGGGCGUUGGAAGGAGGUGUCUACAGAAAAUGGUUUUGAACAUGUCAUUGUGGUGGACCGAGUCCCUCAGUGCAGAAACUGCCAGAUUUGAGGGACAAGAACAAGGCAAAGUGAUGAGCCAGAAAGUUGCUGUGCUCCCACCAGCAGGUUGACCUUUGGUCACAGGUGGAUUUUACCAACGCUGCAGACUCUCAGGACUACCAUUACCAAGAGGUUAAAUGAAAUGGUUUAAACCAAACAGGACUCUUCAUCUUAAACUACAUGUUGAAAGUCAACCUAAUAAAUCUGUAUUGAAUUCUGAACCUUUUUGCGAGAUACUGUAAGGAGAGCAGGCACCAGAGCAAAAUGGAAAGAUGGAAAGGGGCUCAAACUUUCAGAUUUUUUGCUGCAGACUUACCAUUUUUAAAUAAGACUUUUUUUCACCUGAGGUGUAGGUUGAUUUCGACACUUGUUCUCAAGCACUGAAGCUCAUUACCAUCUAUGGCUGCCAUUUCUUCCCAAGGCCAGUCUGAACUUAUUUGAGGUUGCUUUAUCUUAAAAGUCUUAACCUCAGGUUCCAAAUGCAGUCAUUUAUUUCUGGAAAGAGUGGAACUAUAACUCAACAAUUCCCUAUUACCCUUAGGUAAAUUCUGGAUUUUCCACCAAAUUCCUAACUUUUAGGCAUACUUGUGGGUUCACUUGCCCCCAGGUCCCUCCCUCCUUCCAUCUCUCUCCCGGUACUCCCCUCACAAGCACUUCUCCUAUACAGCGAAUAAGACAGCUCUGUUGUGGAAGCAGAUGAUCCAGUUGUUCUAGGAUUUUGCUCUGUGUGUGGUGCAAAGAAUGUGUCAUGAGUCAAUGCUACCAGCCUUGCUUUCGUACUUUCUUAAAUAACAAAUGCAAUGUGCCCAAAGAUGGUAGGAUUAAAGAAGAGUAAGAUGGCUGGUGAAGCA